CGUCGAACACUUCGGAACUCCGACGAUGUCGUCCCGUCUUAGCUCUCAAGUUCAUGCAAACGCCUCGCCGGAAGUUUCCAAUGACCCAUGCGUGCGGAUCAGCAUCCCGUUGCAACCCCAGGAGCCGGAACCGACGCGAGGCGUCGAUGGAUCCGUGGACUACAUGGCCCGGACGCAGUGGCUCCGCGCCGCCGUCCUCGGCGCAAACGACGGCCUCGUGUCGAUCGCUUCCUUGAUGAUCGGCGUGGGCGCGGUGAACCAGAGCGCCAAGGCCAUGCUCGUGUCCGGCCUCGCCGGCCUCGUCGCGGGCGCGUGCAGCAUGGCCAUCGGCGAGUUCGUCUCGGUGCACGCGCAGUACGACAUCGAGGUGGCCGAGAUGGAGAGACGACGCCGGGGGAGCGGGAGCGGGAGCGAGGAGGAGGUCCGAGGGGAGGAGAGCCUGCCGAGUCCGAUGCUGGCGGCGGGGGCGUCGGCGCUGGCGUUCGCGCUGGGGGCGGUGCUGCCGCUGUUGGCGGGCGGAUUCAUCAGGUCAUGGAGCGUCAGAGUGGGGGCGGUCUGUGCCGUGAGCAGCCUGGGCUUGGCUGGGUUUGGUGCAGCAGGAGCAGUCUUGGGUGGUGCUGAUAUCUGGAAGCCUGCUCUUAGGGUUUUGGGGGGAGGAUGGCUGGCCAUGUUGGUCACUUACUGUGUGCUUAGAAUCUUUGGGCUUCUCUUCAACAUGCAGGUCUCCUCAGCUUAGAGUGGCAAGGAAA